UACCAGUUCUUUGUACGGCUCACCACUUCGGUCUUGAACCAUCGAACCCUCCUAGCCUACUUCAAAAAGAUAACCCUCAACUCGCUGCUUAUCCUCGUGUGGGUCUUUCUCACGGCCCUUCUCAACUACAUCCCUCGUCCGAGCCAUAUAUGUUCGCGGGGCCUACUCUGGUUAGAGAGAUAUCUCUUUGACAUCCAUACCCACCAGUCCAUCGGUGCUGUCACCUUUCUUCUUUGCAUCGCCUCAGCCAGUUGGUUGUUGGCCCGUCACUAUCGCAUCACCCCGGUCUACGAGCCGGAAUACACUAGCAAACGUACUUUUCUCCAUCCGGAGCCUAUUUACCCCAUAGCACCCAUCUUACCUAUCUCAAGCUGCACAUCUUCAGGUAACACAUUAAAUUCCCCAACAUCGUCGUUCCAAUUGUCAAGGACCACCAGUCCCAUUUUAGAGCCCCAUGAUUUUAGCUCCUCGACAUCUGACUUGACCAUUGCAGAACUAGAUGACGCAUUUGUAAUAGAAUCACAUUUUCUGGAAAAAGGCUCUUGUCGGCCAGUAAACUGCUGGAACUUGGCUCCUCCAGUGCUAUUGGCCAUGUCGUGGUUUAUCAUCAAUAUUCUUCAUUCAUUUUCGAUAUCGUUAUCCAAAGUGCUCAAUAUCGUAGCUUGGGUAUUCUAUGUCGUUUUGCAUUUCACCAUACCUCCAUUUAUCGGAGCUUGGCUCUAUUUUUUCCAUCCUCCAGGAGCCCUCAAACUCUACGCUUUGUCUAUAGGGGCACAGAACAUUUUGGUGGUACUCACUCACUUUGUCAUACCCACAGCCCCACCACUAUUCAUCAAAUUGUACGGAGAACACAAGGUACCGAGUUUCGAAAUGACAUACACAGAUGGAAUAACCAGACAAGAUAUGAAGUUUGGCUCCAGCAUGUACAGAUACGUCUACUAUGCCAUUCCUAACAAAUUCGCUUCCUGUCCUUCUAUCCAUGCCUGUACAUCGAGCUUGGUGUUCUUCUUUGUGUGUUACUACUCCAGAACUAGCAUCUUCAAACUCAUGGCCAUGGUGUAUUUGUUUGGCCAAUGGUGGGCUGCUCUUUACUUAGACCACCACUGGCGUUUUGACAUCUUUGCCGGCUUGAUCUACUCCAUCUUCGUAUGGACAGUUAUCAAGACCUGGAAAAACGGUCUAAACCGUAUCGAUUCCAGAUUUGUCAGCGCCAGAUCUAAUGCCGAUUUAAUCAAUGGAACAACCAUGGGAAUGAGAAUUUUCAAACAUACGCGAAUCCAGAACUUAUUCGAUCCGCUAGCAUCGAUUUCUAAGUAG